CAUCACCGUAAAUAUUGUGCAAAAUAGUGAGAAAAGGCAUUCAUUUGGAGGUUAACCCAAAAUACCAGUGCUUUUCGCGACCCAAACAACCGGUUAUUAUUCGGGUAAUUAUGCUUACAGUGAGUGCGAGAGGGGGCGCAGGGAUGGCGGGGGCCGUACGGGCGCUGACCCAAGCGGUGGGCGGCCAACACAUCAGACCGCAGCCCUCGGAACCCCUGUUGUCACACUGGGAGGAAAGGGAGCACUCGUUGCCCGACGUAUUGCCGUAUGAGUACCAGUGGGUGGACAUCGACCGGCUGACGGCACCCGUAGCCCCCAAACACCACACCUCCUACGGACUCUCGCAGACCCUAUUCAGGCGACAGUUGACGGUCGGCACCGGUGUUGGAGUGGGUACGCAACUACGCUAUUACCACAACGACAUAAAGAUACCGAGUUUUGACGACUACCGGCGCCCGAGCACUAAGGACCCGACCCGUGUGGCCAAGGAGUCGAGGGAUGAGCGCCGGCUGCCUAUAGACGCGGUUAAGAUAGGCGUCGGUGUGACGGGUGUUAUAGCCGUGAAAAAGAUAGCGUCGACUAUAGUGGCGAAUCUGGCGCCGGCCGCCUCUACUAAGGCGUUGGGUAUCAUUGAUAUCGAUUUGUCGGCGAUUCCGGAGGGAAAGAAUGUCAUCGUCAAGUGGAACGGCAAACCGGUGUUCAUCCGGCACCGGGUGGCCGAGGAGAUUGCGAAGGAAAGGGCGCAAAACGUUAACGACUUGCGCGACCCCCAGACCGACGAGGAGCGCUCGUACGGGCACUCGAGCGGCAAAUGGCUGGUCGUGAUGGCCAACUGCACGCACUUGGGGUGUAUACCCAUCGCUAAUCAGGGCGAUUGGGGCGGCUAUUACUGCCCGUGCCAUGGGAGCCAUUACGACGCCAGUGGACGCAUACGUAAGGGUCCGGCCCCUCUCAACCUGGAAGUGCCCGACCAUUACGUCAUCGAAGAGAGCAAUAUACUGAUGUUAGGCACCAAAGCGCCGACAUCGUAG